UGUAUCUCUAGCCUGUGAAAUAGGCUGAUAAAUACCGAAGGUCUUGAUUCGGACUCGGGCAUGCCCGUGGUCCUUGCCCAGGGUCGUUCUACUCGGCAGCUAUUCUCUUCUAAGAUGUUUAAGACAGAAAAGGGUAAGAACCUCGGCCAGUAGUAAAUAACCUUAAUCUUUAACACCGAUUUCAUGUAGCAUAGAGUGAAACUUGGGCGGCUUAUUAUGAAUACAGAACCGCCAAUAAUACACUUACAUACUUUCACAACUAUUAUCCAUUGCGUCAACUUGUCUCGUGCCUCAUUCGUGCUAACUUUUUUUUUCACUUUUCUUUUCUUUCCACCAUUCCUGCAUCCUCGAUUUCUAUCAUUGUAUUAUAACUCUAUUAUAACUAACUUACCUCUAUCAUGGCCUCCGAUAUCAAGAUUCCCGCCUUUGAGGUAACACCAAUCGACAGCAUUCCCAAGAUUGCUGCUACAGUCCGCCAAUCAUAUCAAUCCCAAAAGACCAAAGAUGUGGAAUGGCGGCUUGUGCAACUUCGAAAGCUAUAUUGGGGUCUCACGGAUUAUACUGAGAAUUUCCAGGCCUCCCUGAAGAAGGAUUUAAAUAAGUCACCUCACGAUGUCAUCUUAUCCGAAAUUCUCCAUCUGAUCACCGACCUUAGCUUGGCCCUCAAAAAGCUGAAGGAUUGGGUAAAGGACGAUAAAGAUAUCGAGUAUUCUUGGACCUAUUCAUCUAUGAAACCCCGUAUCAGAAAGGAGCCCCUAGGUGCCGUUCUAAUUAUCGGCCCCUAUAACUUCCCCCUUAUGCUUAAUAUCGCUCCGCUUAUCGGUGCUAUUGCGGCUGGUUGUACUGCUGUAAUCAAGCCCUCUGAGAGCGCCCCUGCGACCGCUAUGGUGAUGAAGGAGAUGAUCGAGAAAUACCUGGACCCCGAGUCAUUCAUCGUUGUUAAUGGGAGAAUUCCGGAGAACACCGCUUUGCUCAACGAGAAAUGGGAUAAGAUUUUCUACACCGGCGGUCACAGUGUUGCCAAAAUCAUCGCAAAAAGGGCCGCAGAGACCCUUACGCCGGUCACUCUCGAGCUCGGUGGUCGAAACCCUUCGUUCGUCUCUAAGUCUACUAACUUGGCACUCGCUGCAAGGCGUCUCAUGUGGGGGAAAACAAUUAAUGCCGGUCAAGUCUGUUUAUCGCAAAAUUAUGUGACUGUCCAGAGAGACUUGGUCGAUGACUUCAUCAAGCAUCUCAACGCAGCUUGCAAAGAAUUUUAUCCGAACGGUGCUAAGGCAAGCGCAGAUUAUGCCCGCAUCGUUAAUGAGCAGCAAUUCGACCGCAUGAAGAAGAUGCUCGACACCACUAACGGCAAGAUUGUCCUGGGAGGAGAGACGGAUAGAUCUGAUCUUUAUAUCUCGCCCACCGUUGUUCUCGUGGACUCUAUCGAUGACCCCAUGAUGAAGGAAGAAUCUUUCGGUCCUAUCUGGUCUAUCAUUCCUUAUGAUACUGUUGAUGAUGCUAUCAAGAUCAUGAACACGGUCGACCCUACUCCUUUGGCGCUUACGACAUUUGGAUCCAAAGCCGAGAACGAAAAGAGUAAGCAUCUAGACCUUCGCUGCGACUUAAAACCAUGCUAAUUAUACCCGGUAGUCCUCAGCCAUGUUACUUCUGGUGGUGCUACCAUUAACGAUGCCUGGAUGCACGGCGCAAUAUCCACACUGCCUUUCGGAGGUGUUGGAGAAUCUGGAUCGGGUUCGUACCAUGGACGAGCGAGCUUCGACUGUUUCACGCACCGGCGUACGGUGCUCGAAGUGCCGAACUGGAUGGAUAAGCUGUUGCGCCCGCGAUAUCCACCCUUCUCGGAGCCCGAUUUCAAGCGGCACAUCUGGAUGACCAGUCCCAAACCUAACUUCGACCGCGACGGCAAGCCUAUUUCCGGUCUCAGGUACUGGCUGUGGAUUAUCUUCGGCCUCGGAGGCCCCUCUGCCAAAGGUGCGUUACUACGGUGGAUCGUUCUCCUUACCUCGGCGUAUGCUGUAUUUUCCCGCUACCGGUCUGGACGCGGUCUCGAGUUUUGGAAGUGAUAUAUAUAUGUGUGGGGGCUGGGUUCUAUUUAAUGU